AAUAUUUGCUUUUGUUGGUAGCUCUUUCUCCUUCUUAGUUUGGGGAUCUAUAAAACUGAAAUAGGCGAAUCAUAUACCUGGUUCCGCAUUGGACAAAGAAUUUAAUUAUUUCAUGGUUUGCAGGGAAUGAGAUCUUCACGAAGCCUUCAGGUUUGGAAACUGGGAACGUUCAGCUACUUGGAGGCUCUGAAAUUGCAGGGAAAGCUGGUCUCUGAUAGAAAAGCUCAUAAAAUUCCAGAGACACUCUUGUCACUGCAACAUCCAAACACUUAUACCCUUUGCAAACGGCGGACUGAUCAUAAUCUAUUGAUCCCCACAUCUGAACUCCAGAAGCUAGUAGCUGAACUUCACUAUACACAAAGAGGAGGUGACAUUGCAUAUCAAGGUCCCCAUCAGGCCAUUUUAUACCCCAUUAUUUCCCAUCGUGAGAUUGGACUUGGUGCACGGAAUUAUGUGGAGAAACUUGAAUUAACUAUGAUUGAAUUGGCAUCACUGUAUGGCUUCAAAGCUUGUGUUGGACAAAAGGGUGAGACGGGGGUUUGGGUUGCAGAUAGAAAGAUUGGUGCAAUUGGAGUUCGUAUAUCAUCUGGAAUCACCUCUCAUGGAUUGGCAUUCAACAUUGAUCCCGAUUUAAGCUAUUUUAAGCAUAUCGUACCUUGUGGGAUUGUGGAUAAAGAAGUUACAGCUUUGAGAAGGGAGACAGUUACUGCGCUUCCUUCUGAUGAAGUAAUCCAUGAGCAGUUGCUUUCUUGUUUUGCUCGACUGUUUGGUUUUAGUAGUCUUGUUUGGAAGGAAAAUAAUUCGGUAUUAUCAGAUGAUGGGAAAGUGAAAAAUAUGACUGCUUAUGCUUCGAUGUUGUCAUAUAAUGAGAAAGCUGAAUGAGACAUGGUAGAAAAACCAUGUACUUUUUGCACUGUAUAAUUGAUUUAUUCCUUGAAGAAAAAUCAGUAAGUUUUAGUUAUCGUUAUGUGUUCGAAAGUUGAAUCUGUUUUAGAUAUCUGAGGUGAUGUGUUACAUAUGCGUUGGAAAAUAGUAUCAGAAACUGAAUACUUUUGGAUUCUGCAACACUUAAGUAUAUUAUUUGAUUUUCAUAGGGGAUUUAAGAAUGGUUAAUUUAUUUCAAGGAAUUGGAGGAAUAGAGACAGCAAGUAGAGGAUCAUCGAUAGAAAGUUUUCGCAUUUGAGGUUGUUAUAUUAUACUGAUAUGUAAAUAGUUUAAAGGCAACUGAAAACACCCAUGGAAGGGACUGUCCUCUGUUGACCAUGUUGGGAUAGUAACCUUUUAGUAAAUAGUGGUUUAUCAUUUUAGUGAACUUUUAGUAAUAUUGUUAGAUCCAGGAUCGGCGCCUUUAAUGAGUGAAAUCUUCUCAAUGUUUUCCCAAAUACUUCAAGUUAUGCAUUAUAUACAUGCAUGAUUGUGCCAUUUAUGGACAAAUUUUACGGUGAUCUUUCAUUCAAGUAAUGUGAAAGUUAGUAUUGUAUCUUCUAUUCUGAUCCUGUUAACAGAAAACUUGUUUCUUCUACACAAAAUCUGCAGUCCACAUGCACUUUGUUAUCAAAGAUGAUGAAACCAUCACAGCACUUAUUCAAACUCCUUGAUCAUAUCUUGCAAUAUAAUUUCUUCUUUAGCUUCUAUGAUUACCUCUCUUCUACCCAUGGCGAUGAGGUUGAAAUUUGUAUGAAUAAAGCACUUCGAAUAAGCUGAAUAAUGUGAAGUAACUAAGCAGUGAUGCUGAAUCACACGGUUUAAUGGUUGAAGGAUUGCUAAGUUUGGAAGAAUAUCUUCCUCUAUGAUGUUUCAAACAUUGCUGAUGGACCUUGAACAGGUGGAUACUUCUUUUACUAUGCCGUAAUGUUUUAAAUCUAUGUUCUAAAUUAAAUCCAUCUCUUAUACUGAGAAAAAAUAAGUGGCCAUGAGGGUAAUUUUGAAUUCAAAUAUAUUUAUGAAUCCAAAAAACAUUUGUCAAAGGCUGACAAGCCAGCUAAAUUUAGUGCGUGCAAAAGGUUAAUAUGUUAUUUUAGCCACGAGGCAUAUAGCAUUGACUCCAGGUUUAUAAAUCAACUUAAGCUUUGUAAGAGUCAGUGAUAGGGAUCAUCUUUGGGGAAAAUUUUGAUAGAACCCAGGUCAAAAUGGUAAGUCCUACCAGAUAAGAGGUGGAAGAGAAAUAAGGCUUUUUUCCUAGAAGAAUAUAGGCUGAUUUAUGCUGUGGAAAGCAGGUUCGCUGACCUACUUUAGCUGUAUUUGUUACCCUAAAAUUGAGGUGCAUAACCAUUUAGUUUUUUUAUUAAACAAUGAAGGACAGAAAAUUGAUGACUGAAUUAAUCUCAUGUAACUUAUCACAUGAGAAAUUAUGCUUAAUAUUUGGAGGGUCUGCACAGAAGUCAGAUAAAUACAAUACUCUAUUCAGUAUCACAUGAUUAGCUACUUCCAAGUUCCAACCAAUUAAAGAAUAAAAGGACCAUCACUAAAAUGAUGAUAAAAUUAAGAAAUCUCCGAAGUUAUACGUCACAAGGAAAUUGUUACAGGGACCAAUCAUGUUUCUACUAGUUUAAACAUGCAUAUAAGUGAAUUCCUCCCAUGCACUUCUGGGAUACCUCAUUGACCUGCUGUCUCACUGUCAUUGUUACUUUCCUCUGCCUGAAUGACUUUCCAUAAUCAUACAUUUGCAUAAAUUUGAGUUUAGGGAUAUCCUUGUUCCAAUUAUUGCUGACCCUGUUUUGAGAUUGAUUAAAUCUACCCUUUUUAACAGUGUAAGUAAGUUUGGUUGGUGUAAAGUCUCUGCCUAUAAUCUUACUUAUUCGUCCGUAGUUACCAAACAAAGUCUGUUGAGAAUGUCGGUGUUGUUAAGUAGCAUCUAUAUAUUAAACCUAGUCAGACUUGAGUGCGAACUAUCUGUAAAAAUCCACUGCCGCCUUCCUGGAAAAGAUAUCAUCAUAUGUCCUACCUCCAAAACAUAACCUGUUUCGUCUUCUUUCCAAAAGAAAAACAUGAGAACUAGUAGGACUUUAGUUCUUGCUUCCUUGAUUCUUAUUCAUAUUCUCACGUGUUCUCUACUGUCUCUCCUCCACUGUGAGAGGGAGAUCCAUACGGGAAAUGGCAAUCAACCUAGGAGACUACUAGCAUCUAUCUCCUCAUUCUCAUCCAACAAAGUCAAUCUAAGUGGAGCAAUUAAAGAUCUCCAUAAUUCUUUGGAGACAAGUUUGAGAAAGGCACCACCAAGCCUUUCAAACCCUACUCAGAACAAGUAACAUCAGUAAUAUUCAUGUAGACAUCUCAAAAAGAAAGAGAAACUCAUUCUCUUUCCAAAUUUUUGCAGUUCUUUUUUCCUCCUUGGUUUCACUGUUUAGUAGGUACAAGAAUUGUUUUUGGUUUUCCCUUUACAAGCAAUGGAUCUGUAAUUUAUUUAUUUUUUCCCCUAAGUCUCUGUCUUUAUAAUAAAUUAUGGAGGAUGUAAGGUGGAAUUGUAUUUACAGGAACUCUGUAAAAAUUAUAUUAGAGAUAGAUUCAGUUAUUCCAAAAGAUUCACCAGUUUCUUGUCAAUUAGUAAUUUCAAAACUGUAACUGUAGUCUGAUUAUUUUGCUCUGUUUUUCUACCUUAUAACUAUUUUUCUUUCUUUCAUCUCUUCCUUUAGAUUUAAACUUUUUCAGAAUAUGUAAUUUCUCUCAUGCUUUUGUUAUUUUUUCAUGUGGCCUCAUGUGAAGAGCAAUGCAGGGAUGGGAUGGAUGCUUUAAAAUCUUUUGGCAAAAAACUAAUGAAAAGAGGCUGCACCUGUUAAAUUUUCCAUGUAACAGUUAUGCUAUUAGAAUUUGCACAUCCUUUUAGGUAGAGAAUAAAACAUUACAGCGAUAUCAUGAAUCUCUCUAUUUUUCUUCAUCCACCCUGUUGCCCCAAGCAUAUUAUAAUUUUCAGUCAGGUUCAUCCUUUACAUUUGUGAUUCUUUGAGUGUCAAUGUUCUUUAGUACAUCAUCUUACUCAUCAAUUUCAUUUCUCCCAACAUCUUGACUGCUUUUAGAAGGCUUUGUUUGGGAGGGGGAAAUAAGAUGCAGGGCUUAUAUAAGAAGAAACAAAUUUGUGGGCCCUCUGUCCCAUUUUCUGCUCUUCCCAAACAAAUCCCAAUAUUGGCAUCUCAUUAAUUUCUAAUUCUGAUGAACACACUCUAUGAUUUUAUCAGCUUCCCAGGAUAAACUGGAAUGGUUUUAUCACCAUGCUUACACCCGUGCACUCAUGGUCUGCAGACACACACACACACACACACACACACACACACACACACACACACACACACACACACACACACACACACAUAUUAUAUGACUCGAUUGCUUGUACAGUUAUUAACUGCAAUUUUUUAAAUGAUCCUUGAGAAUUUAACCUCAUAUGGCGUAACUAGAAAUGUUGACUGUGAUUUCAUAUUAUAUUCAAGUAAUUUGAUACCCAUUUUGAAUACAUAAUUUUAUUUUUGCAACUAGAAAUUUAGAAUACACUAACUUUUAACUAUUUGAAUUGUGAAUAAUUACAGUAUAACUGGAGAAUGAUAAUGGUUUGGACUUAAUUGGGCUGAAAGUGUUGCCUUAAGAUAGCAUACACAUCUAUCAUUUCGGUUUCCACUGAACUGGUGCGUCCCUUUUUUCUUUGAUGCCCUCCAUCUGGAUCUCCAUUUACUGCUCAUGCAAAAGGAAUGUGAGGAGGACCAUUUGAUUAUACCGUUCUUUCUCGGCAUACCAUUUGAUUAUACCAUUAUUUCUCGGCAUCUCUAAAUUUUCAUUGGAAUUAUAACUUGUAUUUCUUGCAAACCUUUGGUAGAUCUGAAUUGAGAGGGGAUAGUUUCAGCAUAGCAUACACAAGUUUUACACCUGUAAGAAUCUAAAAUAAAAAUGACGAGGCAGUUUCUUUGUACUUAUUGUUAUAGCCCAAUGACCAUUUGAACCUUUAAUGUAAAAAAAUGGUUUUUUAACUGUCUUAGCUACUCUGUAUAAUCUCUAGAUUGGAGGGUGUAUCCAAGUUAAAUAAGAUUGUUUUAGGGUGAUGUUGAGCAUGUAAAUAGAAACUGCCAAAAAAUUUUGCCAUGCCAUACCUUAUACGGUGCAUGAAAAGAUAGUCUAAUAUUAACUUCGUAUAACAAAAUAUGAUUAUUUUCAUGUGCCAGAAUGCGUGAUUUGUAAUACAGAGCAAUUCCAAAUUUACUGAUAAUGUACUUUGGAUUGCAGAGCCAGCUGAUGUGCUUUGUCAUGCCAAGGUAGUGUUGUGCUGUUGUUUUUGGCCUAGGAGCUGUCAUAUUUUCAUUUUAAUGCAUCAAAAUUUCUUUUUAGGUGUGAAAUUCCUUUUUAUUUUCAAUAAUCCUUUUUUGUGCUUUUGAUUCUCAAUAGUGAAGAAAUGAUAUAUGGAAUAAUCUUGCAAAUUCCACCAUUUUGAGUUUACUUACUAAAAUUUUUGUGGUCAGAAUGCAGAACAAUAUCGUUUCAGGAUAUGCCGAUAUGCACAUUCUUUUUUCUUUCCUUCUCACCUUUCUUGAUCAUCUUGUCCAUUUCUGCUUGGUGGAGGAGAAGACCAGUUCAUUCUGAAAAGAGAGUGAGCUUGAAGAUGAGAUCAAUCUAAUCUUUCUCAAGAUUUUGACACCAGAACAGAGCUCCACGUAGCUGCUGACCUGACGACCUCCAUGCAACGGACAGAUUGGGACUCUCUUUUUCCAUAUUUUGUAAGGGCCAGUUGAGAUAGUCUUUAGCAGUCACCGCCAUAGCGUCCCUUUCACAAUCUGAUCUGUAAGCAAUCAUCUUUUGUUUUCAUAUAAUUCCUCUCAAUUCUUGAAAUGAGAAUUCGAAACAGCCGGAUGUCCUGUUCAUUGCUACCUCUGCCACCUGAAGAAGUUUCAAGGUCUGCUUAUUUUUCUUCACGAGGUCGAUGCUUCGAUGAUCGAUUCUUGGUUGAAGAGGUGAAUCGGCUCAUUAAAUGGUCAUCCUGCCCACUGAGAAAACCUUCAGAUCGAGAAACUCAGGCAAUGCAAUUGCAUGAUCAGUCGCAGCUGGCACUAGCUGAUGAAACAAAAUCCUUAAAUCAUGUAGAAAAGAAAAUUGGAAAAGAGAAUUAUAUGUUGAAGAGGCCUAGCCAUGUGUCCCCAAAAAUUGAAGAAACUGUCAAUGGAGGCAGGAAAUCAAAUUUAUCUGGGACUUUUGAUAGAAAGGGAAUUGCCAUUAAAGAAAAGAAUGUACCGUCGGUUGAAAAUUGAAAGAAUGGAAGCAGUAAAGGAAGCAAAAGCUUCUGUUAUGGAGGGAAAUGCAGACACAACAACAAUGCCUGAGCAAGAGGCAAAGAAGGACACAACAUCAAUGCUUGAUAACUUGGCAAAGACAGAGACUGCAUUAAUGCCUGAGAAAGAGAAUCUUAGUGAAUGUGAUGGUAGUCAAAGGAGCAAGAGCAUUAAUUGUUUAUUAAACCAGGAAUCAUCCCUCCCUUCUCCAAUCAUUUAUGGUCUGCAAGGGCAAGAAAGUGGCGAAAAUUUGUUCCGAGGGGGAAUGCCUAACGAGUAUGAGGGAAAACAAAAACGGAGAAGGGGACGACCAAAGAAGGCAACAAGACGUCGCUCAAAGUAAGCUGUAGGGAUGAGGAGAAGCAAAUAUUUCCCGGAUUAAAAAUCCUGUAGUUGAACAGUGUGAAGAUACAUGAGGUGGUUAUAUGCUUUAAGGUCAUAAGAACGCGAAUGAUAUGCGCGCCGCCCCGCGCCCCCAUCUCACCCUCCACCCCCUCCUCUUCUUUUACUGUCUUUCAGUGCAUUGUCAUUCUUUAUGGUCCCAUUGUCUCAGACAAAACAAAUAUGGUAUCCUGACCAGGAUGAGCAGUGCACUGCUGUAAUAGAAGUAGAAUAAAAAACAAUAAAUAGGUUUCGAUCUU